UUCAGUCGAUGUGAGGGUUUCUUUGGUUGCAGUGGACACCGACCAAACAGUCCCUGUUUAAGUCCUGCAUACAUCCUGCAUCAACUCACCUCAGUAUCCUUAUCUGCCUGGUUCCUCAUGGAGAGGAACACCUGCAGCUCCCUGUCUGAAGCAACUGGUCCAGUGGACAUCUGGGGGCUCUUCCAGGGGUUCCAGUCCUGCUGUUCCCCAGAGACACAAUCCGGGCUUGGCUCACUCCCGCUGGACUCACUGGCCCUGCCACCCUGCACCCUGAAAAUACAAUGCUGCUUUUAGUUUAGAAUCUGAUUUGUUAUUUUAUUAUUACGUUGUAGGGUUUUAUUUUUUUAUUUACUCAAUUACUGAGUUCACUGUAGCAGCGCAAGUAUUGGCCAACAACUACAUGUCCUAUAAUAUAAUGGCUGGAUUCAGAGGAACAGCAACUAAAACUACAACUUGGUGGAGUUCUUACCGUAAAAUAGCAUUCUUCUCGUCUCCGUCAUGUUGAAAAUACUGCCUACAGCAACAGACAGUGUACAACGCUCCCAUUUAGCCCUACCUAAAAAAAAAUCAUUAACUACCUGGCUGUAUCAUCCCAGAGUAAGAUCAGACAGUGGUUGCAUUUUUACGAAGAUUGCAUUCAUUCCUUCCAUCAAACUCAGACUAAGAUUGUCAACUGCCCGCCUCAGUCACUACUUUUGUCAAUUUGCGCCUUAUCUGUCCGAAGAAGGCUGCGGUGUUGAAUUAGGAAACACGUGACUCAGUUAGACAGGAGAUACAUGGACAGUGAAUGAAUGACACCAUUUAUUCAUGCGGGCAGUAUGCAGCGCUUGGCCUUCUCGACCCGCUAAUUGUGCUCGAAGGUUCGUGCGUAAUUGGAGACCGUUUAUGGACCUACACAGUUGGUGGGAAGGGGGCUAAGAGAGGGCGUGUCCGUGUUGGACUACGACCCCGCUCUGCGUCUGUGCGAAGAUGAGGAACUGUGUCCGACUGUCUUUUGCUCUGUCAGCAAUUAGAAAAGGAUGUGUGGGUCAGGUGAUGUUUUUUCCCGUUUAAUUGUAUCUGAUACCAGUCUAAAGCAAGCAGUCAUUGUUGGGAUAUAUAAAGAGAGGACAUAAUAAUGUUGAACUCCAGGAAACUUCUCAUCGCUCUGUUCGUACAGUUGAUGCCGUAUGGCACCUCAGACAGAGUUGUUGAGCACCAAGAUACUCCAUGGAAUUACAAUUACACCAAGUACCAUCCCAUAUCAGAGAUCUCCUCUUGGAUGGACCAGAUGGUGAAGGAGAACCCAGAUCUCAUCUCCUCCUCUGUCUACGGACACACCUUCGAGGGAAGGAACAUCACACUCCUCAAGAUAGGAGUGAGGAACCCAGAGGUCAGAGAGAAGAAGGCUAUAUGGAUGGACUGUGGCAUCCAUGCUCGGGAAUGGAUUGCUCCUGCCUUCUGCCAGUGGUUCGUCAAAGAGAUUCUGCAGGGGUACAAAACAGAGGACAAGAUUCGUCACAUGCUCCUGAACCUGGAUAUCUAUGUCACUCCUGUCCUGAACGUGGAUGGCUACAUGUAUUCAUGGACCAAUGAGAGUACUCGCCUGUGGAGGAAGUCCAGGACCCUCCCUCCAGAGGGCUGCAGCUGCUACGGGGUCGACCUCAACAGGAACUUCUACGCCAACUGGGGAAUGGUAGGAGUGUCAUUUGACUGCUGCAAGCAGACAUACUGUGGCAAGGCAGCUGUCUCAGAGAAGGAGGCCAAGGCUGUGACAGAUUUCGUAGGGAACAGGACUGACCAGAUCCUCCUCUUCCUCACCAUCCACUCUCAUGGACAACUGCUACUACUGCCCUAUGGACACCCUCAGAUAGCUGCCCCCAACCACGAUGAACUGGUCAAAGUGGGUGAAGAUGCUGCGAUGGCUAUGAAGGCUCUCCAUGGCUUGGAGUACACAGUGGGCACCUCCCCUCAAGUCCUCUACCCUAACUCAGGUUCCUCCAGGGACUGGGCCAGCCUGGUAGGCAUCCCCUUCUCCUACACGUUUGAGCUGAGGGACAAGGGUCAGUUUGGCCACAAACUCCCUGAGGACCAGAUCCAGCCAGCGUGUGAAGAGGCCUUCGCAGGAGCACGCUCCAUGAUCACCUACGUCCAUGACAAAACCUUCAGCAACUCCACCCUCCCUAACACUGCGGCCGGGCUAGCUCCCAUCUCCAUGGUUACCGCUAUGACCUUAUGGAGCAGUUUGGCAGUGGUGGCUUUCACCACUGGGGUGUUAGUUUAGGAAGAAGAGCGAACACAGACAAAUCGUGCCUUAGUUUUCCAGCAGGGGGCAGCAGUGCUCCAUGGACUGCAGCUCACACAGGAUCUCUGUGUCAGGAUGCAGAGGAUGUAAAUAUUCCAAUAUUGUAAUCUGUUCAUCGUUCAACAGCACCUUAGCCUCAAUUUACACAGUUUGCAGAUACUUGUUUAAGGAGGAAAUGAAGCAAUCAUACUGAUUUAAGCACAAAAAAAGAUAUAGUACAUUCAGAAGUUCUGUUAGAUUAAUGUGGCAAGCCUUUCUUGACAAACUUGAUCAAACAAAUGCGAGGUAAUUCAAAGGCUUUCGAAUACUAUUCCUGACCAAGGUCAGGCUCAUAUCUGGCUUCGCCCCAGCUUCCAGCCCACUCUGGUCAAGUUCUGCUGGAUGGAGAUGUCAGAGCUGCUGGGCUUGGCUUGGGUUCAGCUCUCCUCAAUCACCAAGACAAACACUCCAGAUCUUUCAGACUCAUGUGACUCUCUUUAGCUCCAACAGCAGAUUACAUUCUUCUCCAUUAAGAUGGAGGUUGAUAAUUACACAGUUGCAUGUCUGUGCUGAAGUAUCUCCUGGCUGUAGCUGGUGUGAGACUCUGGAGAGGGGGAAAUCAAUACCAAGGCACAGUGAUUAAUUGGACCUAUUUUCUUCUGGCUUGUUUCCCUCCCCCUGGUCCUAUCAGUGAUGGCUUAAUUUGUUGAUGAGUGAGUGCUCCAAUCAGAUGUGAGUUUUUCACAUGGGAGUGGGCGUAGUGCCGUUUAAAGUCAGUACAGCGCAGGUUAUUGGAUGAUGAAAUAAUGUAUGCUGUUUGAUUGGAUUGUUAAGUGCUGGAAUAAAGUAAAAGAGAUAUUGGACUGUAAAACUGUUCAAUCUCAGAACAGCACACCAAUUACAAAAACUGAUUAAAAGAGUUUGAUGAGUAAUAUUCUGCAGUUAAUUGAUUAAAGUGAAAAAGGAAAUUUAGAAACGUUUGAACUAUGAUUGUCUCAACAUGUUAACUGUUUCUUUGCCUACACUAUCAGCAACUGUAUUUCUGAAGUCAGUGGAGGCGCUAAAAGGCAAGAUUUUGAAAGAUCUUGAAUUAAACGUGACAAACAGAA